AUGUUAAGCAUCUUUACACUCUCCUAUUAUGCAGCCGGUGGGUGGGCAGGAUUCUGGAUUUUGCGAGUCCUUUAUCGACUUUCGCCUUUCCACCCGUUAGCUAGAGUCCCAGGUCCCAGGCUAGCAGCGGCGACACAACUUGUAGAGUUCUAUUAUAAUGUCUUGCAAGAUGGACAGUUUAUAUUCAAAACAGUGGAGUGGCACGAGAAAUACGGCCCUAUAGUGCGAAUCGGUCCCAACGAGGUGCACGUCAACGACCCAUCCUUCUAUAAUAUCCUCUAUAGCAAAGACUAUCGCUUCCCCAAGUCCCAAGGCCAUUACCGUUUUGCUCAACAAACGGAAGGUGGAUUAGGAAACUGCAACGUUAGAACCCAUAAAGCUCGUCGUGCGGUACUCGACCCUCUUUUUUCGACCCAGGCUGUGCUUAAACUUGAACCACAAAUCCGCAAAUUCGUCGAUAUGGCUAUCUCUCGUGUUGGGCGCAACGUUGAAAGUUCAGAGAAAGAAGGGUUUGAAAUCAACGGUGUAUUCCGAUGUUUGACAGUCGAUGUUAUAUCGCAGUAUGCCUACAGCGAGCCUAUAGGAAUGCUUGAAAAUGAAAGAGAAAACGACCCAUUUUUUGUUGGAAUGGAUAAUUUGAUCGGGUUGACUUGGGUAUACAGUUGGACUUGGAAACUCCAAGACUUGCUUAUGGCGCUACCGUUUUCGCUCGUCAGUAAAAUCAUGCCACCGGAUGUAUUAGGCGUGAUUGACUUCCAGCACCAAGCCGAAGACCGAGUUGUUUCAUUCCUUGCGGAUCCAGAAAAGGCCAAAGCAAAGUAUACCCAUACAACGGUCUUUGAGGUAUUGCUUUCUGGCAACCAAGAGAAAGGCUAUGAGGUUCCAUCUCUCAAGGCCUUGAAGGAGGAAGCAUGGGGGUUCCUCGCGGCUGGUUCUGAAACAACAGCGGCGGCACUGUCUAAUGGAAUUUACGAAGCCUGCAAAGAACCCAAAUUCCAAGAAAAGCUCUACGCAGAGUUAAUCGCGGAGUUCCCCGAUCCGGACGCUGAACCUAUCACUUACAAGCGUGCUGUCCAACUACCAUACCUUACCGCAUUCAUCAAGGAAACAUUGAGAACCCCACCUGGUGUUCCUGGUCGCUUACCUAGAGUUGUUCCUAAGGAAGGUGUAACUGUCUGCGGACAGUUUAUCCCUGGUGACACUAUAAUUGGCAUGUCCUCAAUCCUACAGCAAACCGAUCCAAAUGUCUACAAGAAUCCGACAAAGUUUAUACCCGAAAGAUGGAUUCAAGAUAAAAUCCCAGAACAAUCCUUUGUACCAUUCGGAAAAGGGUCAAGAGGUUGUCAGGGUAUGAACUUAGCAUGGGCCGAAUUAUACCUCACAUACGCAAACCUCUGGAGAAGAUACUCCUUUAGACUCCAUGAGAGUAGCACCCUGACUGAUGGAUGGACAGAUCAGUUCAUUCCGAAGAGGGAAGGAAAGCUUAAAGUAGUAGUCAUCCCUCGAGAAAAAUGA